CCCCAAACAACCCUCCAAACAACCCCCAAGCACCCCCCAGCAAUCAUCAAUCCAAACCACAACCCUACAACCCUCAACCUUCACCCUCCCUCCACCCAUCAUCCAUCAAAAAAUCAAAGAAAAUGCCACCCCCCCUCACCAUCGGCGUCCUCCUCCUCCCAAAAACCCAACUCCUCGACCUCUCCUGCAUCGACCUCCUCAGCAUGACAAACCCCACCUACCUCUCCGCCUGCAACCUCCCACCCACCCUAAUCCACCUCGGCCACUCUACCCAAAUCCACUACAUCGGCCUCGGGGGCCCCAGCACCCCCACACCCCUAACAUCAAACAUCAACAUGCAACUCACAGCCUCCCCCACCGACUCACACGUCGGACCCGGCACUCUCAACGCGCUGCUCAUACCCGGCACGGAUCCCAAUAUCGUCCCCGAGGAGGCAUAUCUCGAUUUCAUAAGACGGCAUCACACGCACGGGACGCAGAUCCUGAGUGUCUGCACAGGGAGUUUCGUCGUGGGUCAUGCGGGCAUACUAGCCGGCAAGGUAUGCACAGGCCCGAGAUUGCUCGUCCCACUGUUGAGAGCGAGGUUCCCCGAGGCGAAGGAGUGGGUGCAGAGCGUUAGGGUUGCGCGGGAUGGGAAUGUUUGGACCAGCGGCGCCAUCACAAACGGCCACGACCUCAUCAUGCAAUACCUCACCACGAUCGCCUCCGCGCCCCUCGUCAACGCCAUCUCCAUCAUGGCUGAUCUGCCUGCUCGGUCUGUCGAGUAUGAGACGUCCGUUGCGGGGGAUACCACCCACUUUGUGUGGCAGAUUAUCAGGGCUGUGCCGAGUAUGUUGUAUUGGGGGUUUGGUAAAUAGGCUUGGAUAAAUGGUAGUGGAGUAUGGACUUCUUUGGUUCUUGGGGAAAGGAGUGAUGUGAUGGACGGUUCUGUUGUUUUUGUGGACUCUGGCGUUGGUGUAAAUAGCUAUCACCUGGAAAACUCUAAAAUAGUCUACAGUACGAUCUUUAAUAUCCUAUCAAACAUACAGUUGUUAUUGC